AUGGAUUUCGAAGCUUUAUUUAGUGAAAAGUCACUGGAGUUUUCUGAUUUCCAGGAUUUCACGUUUGUCCCUGGUCAUCAGAAACUGUCAGAGCGCGUCAGAAAACGUCUGUAUUAUGGACUGGACUCAGACGUGUCACUGGACGAGCUGUCAGGACCUGUCACCGACAUUGCGGUGGAGUUCUUCCAGAAGUCUGCCCCGAGCCCGAUCCGCAAACUCCACAAGAAGUAUGCGGCACACGUUGCCAGAGAGGCGUGUAUCUCGCCCUGUGCCAUGAUGCUAGCUCUGGUUUACAUCAAGAGACUUCGACACAGGAACCCAGAAUACCUCCAGAAGAUCUCUUCCUCCGACCUGUUCCUGAUCUCCAUGAUGGUUGCCAGUAAGUACCUGUAUGACGAGGGUGAGGAGGAGGAGGUGUUUAAUGACGAGUGGGGGACUGCGGGGAAACUGGACGUACAGACCAUCAACGACCUGGAGAUUACCUUCCUGAGCGCCAUGGAGUGGAGCUUGUUCACAGAGCCCAGAGACUUCUUCACAGUCCUCAGUCGGUUAGAGAGCAGGGUGGCCCAUCGUGAGGCUCUUUCCAGAGGAUGGUUCACUUAUACAGAGCUGUGUGUGCUGCUGGAGCAGAGCCACUGGAACCAGGCUCUGCUGUCUACCUGUCUGCACUGGAUCAAGGUUUGCAGCAUGAUUGCCCUGCUGUAUCUCUCUUCUGUCUCUGCCCUCAUGAUGUCGCCCUCAGUUCUGCACACACUCAGUCCACGCCGAGGCUUCUCUCUCUCCCCUUCUGCGCCCGGCUUGCUCGCCCCACCCCUGUCGCCUUCUGCUGGUCAGUCUUGGUGUCUGCAGUGGAACCAUACUCCUCACACGUCUCUGCUGGCUCUGUGGAGCUCUGUGUGGUCUGUGCCGCAAGCCUGCGGUUCUCCUGGACGCCCCCCACACUUGAGCGGUUCUCCUAGACGCCCCCCCAUGGCCCCCCAGCUCCAUUGUGGUCCACAGAACUCCACCUGGCCCCGUGUGAAGGCUCCAGAGCAGUCCCUGGGCUCCAUGGUACCUGUGCUGCCGCUGGUCCAGUUCAACCACUGCCAAACGGAGGCCAUUCUGAGCAAAGCACUCCUUGUACCAGGGUAG